AUGUCUACUUGUUACCCUUCCCCACAGAGAUGCCACAAUACCGUUAGGAUGUUCUCAUCCUCCACCACCACCAACCCUUACUUGGUGCAUUGUGUCGCCCAUUUUGAAAGUUCUCCGGAGGAUGUUGAUGUAAGAAGCGAGAUCCACUAUUUUGACCCGGUCAAGGAAGAUGAAGCUAUUGUGCGAGACAAGGUAUGUCCCCUGGAGUUUCGUAAGGCGUGUUGUCUGGUCGGAAUGUCACAUGGUUGGGGAGUUUUCAAGGUCCAGUGUGAUGAUUAUAAAGAUAGAGCUGUAUAUGUUAGCGACUACUGCAACCCUCAUGGCUCCAAACCAUACCCCAAAGUCAUUCCUUUGCAUUCCAUUGGUAGAGGAACUGCUCCCCAAAUGCAUGCCGUCACAAACGCCGCAAUGACUUGUUCACCUGAUCAAAGCACUGAUUUUGCAGUGGCUGUCAAUACUUUAGGAGUUAUGAUCAAUUUCUUUAGGCCUAAAGACUCCGUUUCGGUCAUCUUUGAUGCCCCUUUCCGCUAUUUUGAUCUCUCAAAGGUUAUGUAUUCAAAGAGAGAUGAUAAGUUCUACAGUGCUAGUACUGGAGGCGACUUCUUGAUUUCUUGGGAUUCUUCCUUCGAGGAGCGCAACAUCAGCUCCAAGUGGCAUGAGCUGCGGUUUACCAACCUUCCUGAGUUGACCCAGUCCGAGUGGGAGAUCUUGGACUCGUGUUCCAAGACUGUGCAGCUUGUGGAGUCUCCCUCACGGCAACGUUUCUUGAUCAAGUGGUACGCUCAGAACCACAAACCAGGGGAGCAUAUGACAUUCUUGUGCCGCGGAACAAAGCGUUUCAUGGUGUUUAGAGAGGAAGAAGAAACAGGGGUCAUGUCUUACACAGAGGACAUAGGAGAUCUCUGCAUAUUCCUAGGCAAUAGUGAGCCCUUCUGUGUCAAGGCAAGCUCAUUCCCUGGCCUAAACCCUAACUCCAUCUAUUUUGCAGGCGAUGGUUGUGGUGUCUACGAUAUCGCUACUAGAAAACCACGUUCCUUCCGUACCAAGUCUACGUUAGACUUCUCUACUGUAUCACUCCUCCCUUACUGGAUCCCUCCAAUGUCUCUCUAG